AGCAACACCAAACGGGCUCUUUACACCGAGGGGAUUUUGAUAAGUCAGAAAAGGGGACUUUGGAACCAUGUAAGGAGCUUUUAUUUAUGCAAUCGAAACAUUGCAGUUUGACGAGUAAUUUUUGUAAUCUACCAAUUUAAGAUUUGGAGGUCAACCCUCUUCCAUUUUGGAUGAAUUUUUGAACCUCGCACAACAAGUGAUGGACAAAUAUUUGUGAUAAUAUUGAUAUUAUUUGACUAUUGACAACAGCGGGUUAUUGAGUAGCAACAGCGAUGAGGACAAUACGUGGAAAACAAAUAUCGAACAUCUCUAAAGUGUUGUUCAAACUUUGUGGACCAUUUUAGUGGCAACAUUUUCGCAUUUUCUAGAGUUAAAACAUCACCCCACGUGGAAUUGAAUCCAACACAAAUUAGUUUCGUAAUGGAUCACAUGAACAGUUAAAUAAAUAAACUUUUCUGUCUGAUUUCUCACGAGGAAUCCCAACAAAUUCCAGCUUUCAGAGCUUGCUUGACAGCAUGGAUUCAUUGAGAUAUGCCAGGCAUGGCAUCUACAUUGCAUGCCUUUUCUUCUUUUGGAGGAGUGCAGCAGAUCAGCCCAGCCUGACAGGCCACCAACAGUCUGGCAGUGGAUUGUCUGAACUAUGUGGUAUCGAUGAGCUUCUUUGCCAUGAUGAGAAUGCUCUGCUGAGUUUUGAGGCCAUCCGGAGCAUUCACAAAGACAUGGACGAUGAUGCAGAUGGCAGUGUGGAUGUGACAGAAACGGAUGAGUUCCUGAGGGAGGACUUGAAAUAUCAUGACCCCAAAGCAAAACACAACAACUUCCAUAAGAUAGAUCUGCUGAUCACAGUAGAGGACAUGUGGAAUUCCUGGAAGGCGUCUGAAGUGUAUAAUUGGACAGUAGAGGAAGCCGAGUUGUGGCUCAUCAGCUGUGUGGAUUUACCGCAGUAUGCUGAUUCCUUCAGGAAAAACGGCAUCAGUGGCAAAGCUCUACCAAGACUUGCAGUGAAAAACACCACCCUGCUUCUGACCGUGCUGAAGAUACUGGACCGCAGUCAUGCAAAGAAACUGCAUCUGAAGGCUCUGGACACAGUCCUCUUUGGACCUCCACUAAUGAGCAGGCACAGUCACUUAAAGGACUUAAUGUUGGUGGUGUCCAUUGUGAUUGGAGUGGGGGGCUGCUGGUUUGCCUACAUGCAGAAGCGAAACUCUAAGGACCACAUGGGCAAGAUGAUAAAGGACCUAGAGGGGCUACAGAGAGCUGAGCAGAGCCUCCUGGACCUGCAGCAGAAGCUGCAGAUCGCACAGGAAGAGCACCGCACGGUGGAGUUUGAGAAGGUCAACCUGGAGCAUGUGUUACGAAACGAGAUAAACGCAGCCAAGCAGGAGGCACAAAGGCUCAAAGAACUGCGUGAGGGCACAGUGAAUGAGCUGAGCAGACAGAAGUAUGCAGAGGAAGAGUUGGAACAGGUGCGCAUGGCUCUGAGGAAAGCAGAGAGGGAGCUGGAGUCAAGGAGCAGCUGGUCUCCUCCUGAAGCUCUGCAGAAAUGGCUACAACUCACUCAUGAGGUGGAAGUACAGUACUACAACAUAAAGAAGCAGAAUGCAGAAAGACAACUCAUCGUGGCUAAAGAAGGGGCAGAAAAGAUUAAGAAGAAGAGAGGAACACUGUUUGGAACAUUCCAUCUUGCUCACAGCUCUUCAUUGGAUGAUGUUGAUCACAAAAUCCUGUCAGCCAAACAGGCUCUGGGUGAGGUCACUGCCGCUUUAAGAGAAAAGCUUCAUCGCUGGCAGCAGAUCGAGAUUCUGAUGGGUUUUAAUAUUGUCAAUAACCCUGGCAUGUCCUCUCUGGCCUCUGCCCUAAACCUGGACCCUGCUUUCCUGGGCAUCCGCCCCGCCACACCUCAGCACCUGCUGCUAUCUGAUGACCUAGACGAUAUGGAUGAGGACAUACUUUCCCCAGGAACCCUGCAAUAUGCCGCCUGGCAGAUGGACCGGCGAGUGAGCGACCUUUGGCCUGUUGGGUCCGAGAGCCAAACCCUGUGGAAACAUUCUGCUCCCAGCCUCAUGUCCCUCCGGCCGCGACACGGAGACGCCAUGCUGAACCUAAGCUCACAGAGGGAUCUGAACCGUUCGGAAUCGGAUUCCUCCCUCUCGAUGUCUCAGCCAGCUGGGGAGACCCAUCACUACUCUUCUACUCCACUGUACAAUAAACUUUCCAGGUCCAAUGGGGGUUCCUCCACAGACAGCCCACUACUGCAGAAAAAGACCUUUGGCAUGGAGAAGUGUGCCAGUCUUGGAGAGAUCCACUCUCAGCCAUCCAGUAUCACCUCAGUCGAGUCUACACGCUCUCUAUUCUAUACCUCUACUGAACCGGAUGGCCCCUCAGUGAGGAGCAACAGUCGUAUCACUCAAAUCCCAGGCAAGAAGAACCUGGUGGAUGAGGACAGUGGAUCUACAGGGGAAGACACUGAGGGCUCCAGCACUGGCCGCAAGAAGCACACCUUUCCCAGAAUCUUUAGAAAAUUAAAGAAAUAAUGACACCAAUGGAACCCCCUAUUCAAGGCCUUUAUGGCUUUUCCAUUGUAAGAGAGUAAUGUAAAUAAGUUUAAAAAAGUCACACAUAAAAGGACUUCGGGGCCGUUCAGACUGAAAGCGUUAUUGCAUUACAAAGAUCAAGAUUCAGUGCAACAAAUGAAACGGAAUGCAGGUGUCUCGAGAUACGUAUUUAAAAGUUAUUUUUAAGUUGAUGGUGUUUAAAAAAACUUGCCGCUUCUGCGCGAGACACUUGAAAACAGUGAGAUGCACCACAAUGGACAAAGAUGUCAGUCUAGCUCAUGUUUACAUAGGAAAACGGAGGCAAAAAUGUGUUCAGUGUUCAAUACAAGUUCAGCUCAAUCGACAGCAUUUGUGGUAUAAUGUUGAUUACCACAAAAAAUUAUUUUGACAUCCCUCCUUUAUUAAAAAAAAAGCAAAAAUCUAAAUCUGGGUUACAGUGAGGUUCUUACAAUGGAAGUGAAUGGGGCCAAUCCAUAAACAUUAAAAUACUCACUGUUUCAAAAGUAUAGCCAAAAGAUGUGAACAAUAUGCAUGUUAACAUGAUUUUAGUGUGAUAAAAUCACUUGCUAACCUUUUCUGUGUAAAGUUAUAUCUAAUUUUACAGCUUAGUUUCUUUAGUGACAUAAUGCCGUAAACCAUAAAAUAUCUAUAUAAACAACUUUACACCUCAAUACAUGAGUUUGAACAGAAGAAUUAAUGUAAGUGCUUUUAUAAAAUUAUAAGCUUCACAUUUCUGCCUUUAAACCCUCCAAAAACCAUUAACUUCCAUUGUAAGUGCCUCGCUGUAACCUUGAUUUUUGUGGUAAUUAACAUUACCCGGAAUAAUCCUUUAAGACUAGUGCAGUGGUACUUUUUAUCCUCAUCACUGGGAGCAUCUUUUCAAAGAAUUUUAUUCUUUAUAAAAUAUAUUAUUUAGAACAUGUCAUGUAUUUUUGAUUUAUAGUUUGUGUUGACCAGUGGAACAUGGUCAUUUGUUGGGAACAGGUAUAAUAUCAUUGUAAAUUUAUUUAUUUCUUUACUUCAACAAAUAAGGGCACUUGAUGGCAUUUCCAUUUUUGAGUGUUUCGUCUAUUUUUAUUAUAAUGAGCUAUAGCGUUCACUCUCAAUGGACUGAUUUACAAACGCCUCAGCGCAUGCAAAGGUUUCUGCACAUACAAAUGACUCAAGCCUGCCCUUUGCCAUGUUGUUUUACAUAGGAUUUGCUUGGACUUCUUUUACCUUUUUAUGUGGUACUACAAUGCUUCAAUGCAACUCAGCAUUGUUGCCAGGAUAACAACUUAGCCACAAAUAUGAAUAACGUCUGUUUCUUAAAGACUAGAGACAUCAGAAUACUUAAAUAUACAUACACAACUACUUACAAAAAAUAAACAUUGAAUGCCAGUAUGAGUAAUCAGCAUCUAUGUACUUGUAUUGACUGACGGGUGCUAAAUAUAUAUCUUUUUCUUUGCUUUUGAUUUUACUCUUGUUGCCAAAAUGUUUUAUGGUUCAUGGAGGAAAUUGGAGCAUUUCUCUAUAAAAGCAUUGCCAAAUGUU